GCGGGCGGGCAGAGCUGCGGCGGCGCGGGCGGCACCGGCACCGCCCGCGGGACACGGCACCCGCACCGCCCGCGGGACACGGCACCGGCAGCGCGGGACACGGCGCCCUCCCGCCUCGGGGCCCCCCCGGGCCAAUAAAAUGAUGCAAAGCUCCGCGCUCGCUGCCGAAGGGGCUGUCAAGGGGCUUCCCGAGAUCCUCGGUGUGCCGGUGCAACAGAUCCCCCAGUGCGCCGGCUGCAACCAGCACAUCCUGGACAAGUUCAUCCUCAAGGUCCUGGACCGGCACUGGCACAGCUCCUGCCUCAAGUGUGCCGACUGCCAGAUGCAGCUGGCCGACCGCUGCUUCUCCCGGGCCGGCAGCGUCUACUGCAAGGAGGACUUCUUCAAGCGUUUCGGGACCAAAUGCACGGCGUGCCAGCAGGGCAUCCCCCCCACCCAGGUGGUCCGCAAAGCCCAGGACUUCGUCUACCACCUCCACUGCUUCGCCUGCAUCAUCUGCAGCCGGCAGCUGGCCACGGGCGAUGAGUUCUACCUGAUGGAGGACGGGCGCUUGGUCUGCAAGGAGGACUACGAGACGGCCAAGCAGAACGGUAGGCAACCCAGCAGGGCUGUGGGGCAGGACGGCACGCCGAGGGGUGCCCGUUGGUCACCAGGAGGACCCGCUGAGGGCUCUGGGGUGGCUGGUUUUGGGGUUUUUCCCCAGCAGGCAGUGGUUUGGGGUUGCUCACGCUGCUGCUCUGGGCUGGUACUGGCUCCUUCGCUUGCAGACGACUCCGAGGCGGGUGCUAAGCGGCCCAGGACCACCAUCACGGCCAAGCAGCUGGAGACGCUGAAGAAUGCCUACAAAAACUCCCCCAAGCCCGCCCGGCACGUGCGGGAGCAGCUCUCCUCCGAGACGGGGCUCGACAUGAGGGUGGUGCAGGUGUGGUUCCAGAACCGCAGAGCCAAGGAGAAGAGGCUGAAGAAGGAUGCGGGGCGGCAUCGCUGGGGCCAGUUUUACAAGAGCGUCAAGCGGAGCCGCGGGAGCAGCAAGCUGGAGAAGGAGAGCUCGGCCGAGGACUGCGGCGUCAGCGACAGCGAGCUCAGCUUCCGCGAAGACCAGAUCCUCUCCGAGCUCGGCCACACCAACAGGGUUUACGGCACCGUGGGGGACGUGGCGGGCGGACAAUUGCUGAACGGCAGCUUCCCCAUGGAGGGGACGGGACAUUCGUACCAGGACUUGCGGGACGGCAGUCCCUACGGCCUCCCCCAGUCGCCGUCCUCCAUCUCCUCGCUGCCGUCCCACCCGCCCUUGCUCAACGGGCUGGACUACGCCAUGGAUGGCAACCUGGGGCUGGUGGCCCACGGGGCGCAGGGGGUGAGCCAGACGCUGCGGGCCAUGGCCGGGGGGGGCCCCAACUCCGACAUCUCCACGGGGAGCAGCGUUGGGUACCCAGACUUUCCCACCAGCCCGGCCUCUUGGCUGGACGACAUGGAUCACCCCCCUUUCUAAGCGCCGCUCGCCCCCCCCGCCCUGGCCCCCCUCGCUCCCCACCCAGCCCACAAGCGCAGCGCCGAGGGCACGCGCCGGAGCUUGACCUUUCCAGGAUUUCCCAUGGGAAUCAGCCCUGGAGGGCUGGAAAGGAGGGAGGACGACCGGGGAGGCUGUGCCGAGGCGGGGGGCACGGAUGCCUUUGGGUGUAAGCACAAGAGAGGUGUCGGCACAUGGGACGCCCGGCGAGGAGCCCGGCGCAGGGCUGGGGCGCGGUGGGAUGUGCGACGGCACGAGCCGGCAGGAGGAAGGACAAUCAGGGAUGGCAGAGUCCAUCCUGGCACCCGUGCCAGCCCCGCACCUGCUCCUGUUGGGCACCGCUGCUAUUUUCAAGAGUUAUUUUUCGAUAUGGAGUUGAAACGCGACUCGGCGCUGCCCGGAGCCUCCGCAGAAAGAAAAGUCUAUAUUGUAACAGGGUUUAUUUUAGCGAGGCCGGGGCCGUGUCCAGGCAGAGCUGCUGCCCGGGGGUGAUGCUUCUCACUCCUGGAGCCGUGGAAGUGGGGCUGGGAUUCAUCUCCGGGCGUGCAGGAGCGCUUACGGUGCAUCGCUGCGGUUUUACCUUGGUUGUGCACUGGGGAGGAAUUAAAAUAGAGGAAUUGCUGCAAGUGCUGGGGGAAGGCGGGUGGGAGAGGUGGGGGGUGUGUGCUCUGAGGGUAUUGCAAAAGAAUUCCCCCAGAAAGGAGUAAGAAGAGGUUUCAUGGUGGGAACUGGAGGGGACGGGGGUGGGUGAGCCCUGGCAGCAGUUGUCCACCUCCUCCGGCACCGCGGGGCCGGCGGGACUGAGGGUGGGUACAGGCAGCUGGGGAGGACACGGCGGGGUUUGGCACAGCCUGUGCCCACCCUACAUCACCCCCUUUCUCAAAACCCACAUCCCUGGGCUCGUGCCGGUCCCUGCCCACCUCCCCGGCACAGCCUGCACUCCCUACCCUCGCCAGGCUGGAGGCAUUCAGCCUGAUGGAUAAAAUCCAUCCCCACGCUUGCUGCCCGGGGUGCCCAGCUCUGGCCUCAGGGUCCCCGCCAUCCCCUCUGAUUCUGGGGUGAUGCUGAUGUUCCCAGGCUGCCCUUAAGCAGAUCCAGUCAACCGGCUGCUGCCAGAGGCUGGGAGGGUAGGAGGCUGUGAAAGUCAAGAGGAAAAAAGAAUAAAAAUUGAAAAAAAAGAAGGCCACAGAAGAAAGCACAUGGCCGGGAUGCCCCUGCCCCUCCUUGCCCCCUGGCUGGGUCGCCCCCGCUGCACCCACGUGCCUCCCUCCUGCCUCGGGUGCUGCUUCGUGCCAAGCCCUCAGCCUCCCCAGGCACCGCGGCGGCUGGCAGGGAGAGGGAUGGGGGCUCGCUGCUCUCCAUCCCCCUUGGACAGGCCAAACACCGCCCUGCUCCCUUCGCUGUGUAAAUUUUGUACAGUUCCAGAAAGUGAGAGUCUUGUUUCCUGGGGUAAAACGAAGGAAAAAAAAAAAAAAAACCCAAUGAAAAUAAUAAUAAUAAAAAAAUAUCAAAGAAUAAAACCUUAUUUAUUGCCAUGUCUUUGGGGAGAAAGGACAGUCCCCCCUCCAGUCUUCUCAAACUUGGGCCUGGGGCGUUGCUUUUGUACCCUGCCUCCUGUGCGUUGGCAUGAGAUGUGUACGGUCACCCCCUCGCCUCGAGGGAAAGCGAUGUCAAAUAAACUCGGGAUGCUCUUUAGCGGCUGCCGUCUUUGGGGUUUUCUUCCUCCGUGGGCUGCCAGUGCUCACCAGCGGCAUCGCUUGCUCCGGCACCGUCAGCUCUCGGGGGGGUCAGGAUCCCCCCGGUCUUGUCCGGAUGGAGCCGCCUGCAUCCUUGGAUGGGUGGUCAUCGUGCCCUGACUUUUAAUCAAG